AUGCCACGACCCAAUCCACCGCCGACACCCGGCUCAUCGAGUGACAUCCGUGGUAAGGAAGGCAGUCUUGCAGCCCCAAAAUUCAACCUGCCACCGACGGCAUACCACGAGCCCGAUCGGCUUAGUAACAGCUCGUCGACGCCUUCAGCCAAUGGCUCAGAUUCGUCUUACAGACCUGUGUCGCCGCCAUCACCCAACGAUAUGUCGCGCAAACGACCCGCGCAACAGAGUGGUCCCGUGAUCACCAAGGAUGAUUUCGCGCUGCCUCCACCGCCGACGAGGUCGCGCAAGAUUAUUCAGAUGAAGCCUAGAGACGACCCGCAAGACUCCGCGAAUGCAUCUGCUACUGUGUCGCCCGAAGUGGCUGGCAAGACUCCCACUGCAAGUCAAGCCGCGAGUAAGAAGAAGCAGAACGGUGCGGGCAACACAGCGGCGGGGCGUAAGAUCGCGCGCAAAACGGCACACAGUCUGAUCGAGCGAAGACGAAGAUCGAAGAUGAACGAGGAAUUUGGCGUGCUGAAGGAUAUGAUACCUGCCUGUAAAGGACAAGAGAUGCACAAGCUUGCCAUUCUGCAGGCUAGCAUAGAAUACCUUCGGUACCUUGAACAAUGCGUAACCGACCUCCAAGCACAGAACAACUCAUCUCGACCUCCUCCACCAACGACAAUCACACGCGGCCAGCAAGACGAAGAAGAUGACGACGAAGAGAUGGAGGACGAAGAGCCAGAGGAAACAGUAGCGCCUACUCCACCCGUCGCUCCGCUAGAUCGAUCUCACUCCAACAGCCUGGUGUCUCUACCAUCUCUGUCACAAAUCACAACCACAGCGACAGCUUCUCCAUCCAUCUUCAGCGUCGGUGCCGGCAGACAUUAUUCCAUCUCCUCGGCUUCGCAGGCGAGCUACAGUCCUUACUUCCACUCCAAUCAGACCUCACCAGCUUUCGGCCCUCAGCUGUCGCACAUGCACUCCGCGCCAUCCUACAACAACACCUUCGGUCUCGGCAGUCCUGCUCUCAAACCCGUAGACUCGGCCCAUGCACUCCGACAGAUCGCCGAGGGUGCGACAGAGUUAUCAGAGAAGCAACGGCAUGCGAGAGCUAUGGGUAGGAGUGAGCAUGAGCUUGAUCACGAGGCGGCUGCUGCGCUGAGUAUGCUUAACAAUGACCGACGAAAUUGGCGCGCUGGAUCCUCCGCUGGUGUGCCUAGUGAUGAAAGUAGAUCUGGGACUGGUAUGAGCGUGAGAGAUCUCCUCAGCGGUUAA